GAUGAAGAGGAGAAGAAAAGAGGGACGAUAGAGAGAGGGAGGGGGGAGAGAGAGAGAGAGAGAGAGAGAGAGAAUCAAUAAUGGGUUUCUCUAAAGACAAUCUGAUUGGGUUUAUGUUGGCUAUUUCUUCAAGUGUGUUUAUAGGAGCGAGCUUCAUUAUCAAGAAGAAAGGCCUCAGAAAAGCUGCUGCUGUUUCUGGUGUCAGAGCUGGUGUUGGUGGCUAUUCGUAUCUUCUGGAGCCUCUCUGGUGGUUCGGCAUGAUCACUAUGAUUUUUGGAGAGGUUGCAAACUUUGUGGCAUAUGCAUUUGCCCCUGCAGUUCUAGUCACCCCACUUGGUGCAUUAAGUAUUAUUGUCAGCGCUGUAUUGGCUCACUUCAUCUUGAAGGAGAGAUUACACCAUCUGGGCAUUUUGGGUUGCGUGAUAUGCAUAGCUGGUUCUAUCGUAAUUGUUAUCCAUGCACCACAAGAGCAUCCUAUCACUUCUGUUCAGGAAAUAUGGAGUUUGGCAACUCAACCAGCCUUUUUGAUGUAUGUGGGAUCAGUGAUUGUGUUGGUAUUUAUUCUGAUCUUCUACUUCGCUCCUCAAUGUGGGAACACAAAUGUACUAGUUUUCACUGGAAUUUGCUCUCUGAUGGGUUCUCUCUCGGUGAUGAGUGUUAAAGCCCUUGGAACUUCACUGAAGUUAACUUGUGAGGGAAAGAACCAGUUAAUCUACCCAGAGACCUGGUUUUUUAUGUUUGUGGUGGCUACAUGUGUUGUCACACAGUUGAAUUAUCUUAACAAGGCUCUUGACACGUUCAACACUGCAAUUGUUUCCCCUAUAUAUUAUGUCAUGUUCACAUCACUUACAAUCCUUGCCAGCGUAAUAAUGUUCAAGGAUUGGGUUGGCCAAAGUGGGGGAAGCAUUGUAUCAAAUAUAUGUGGCUUCAUUGUUGUGCUUUCGGGGACUAUCUUGUUGCAUGUGACCAAAGACAUUGAGAGAAGUUCUUCUUUUAAAGGAAACUAUGCACCCCUUUCACCUUCAUUUUCAGCUCGACUGUGCAAUGGAAAUGGGGAUUUGCUGAACCAUGAAGACGAAGAUGAACAAUGUUCUGAGGAAGUUUGUCUAAGAAGACAAGAACUUUACCCAUAAUUGUGAGCCUUCAUAGAAACAAAAUCCAAGCCAUUUUACCCAAAAACUGGGCAUGUGAAAUUCACGUCCAAAUAACUGUUAAAGGGGGGAUGCAAAUCAGGUGACUUCAGAUCGCAGCUUCAUGCAAUGACCAAAAGUUUUCAAGAACUUGUUUGAUCGGUUAUUCAGUACUAACAUCAUCAGGAUUCAUCUUUAGCUUGUCAUUGUUGAGAGCAUACUGGAUAGUUGUUGAUGCUUUACUUUUUGGGGGUUGCUAAGUUGUACAGCUUGUCGAUGGUGUUGAAAUUGUACAGCAUAAUUUGUUCAAGAUCAUAAAAGUAGACUGGUUUUUAGGGGUAGUAAAAUGGUAUGAUGCAAAACUAUGAAGACCUAAAAAUGAGAUCAAAUGAAGAAUGCUGGGAUCCGUUGGGCAAAGAUCUACAGUCUACACUGAAAGACUUGAGCUGUACUGGGAAUUUAGUGAUUUUUGUUCAAUUUUUCGGUGUAUUGUUUCUUUCGUAUAGAAUGAGAAAGGAGUCUUUGUAUGGUGUUUACCAAUUAACGGCAGUUUCUUGGAUUGAUUGUUAUUGUUUUCAUUGUUGUGAGAUAAAUGAUUGAUAUCAAUUUUUAUUGGGUGUAUUUCAUUCUUUGUCAUAGAAUGAGAAACGAGUCCUUGUAUUGUGUUUACCAAUUGACAGCAGUUUCUUGGAUUGA